GGCGUAUCUGCAUCCCUUUAUAAUCUGAAAUCACAAACUUGUCGUGCCACUCUGAAUGCUAGCAAAAUUGUAAACACACUGAAAUGUCUUGCAAGAAAAUCAUCGCUGUUUUUGGAGCAACAGGAGCUCAAGGUGGUUCUGUUGUUGAGGCACUUCUGAAAAAUCCCAACUAUUUAGUCAGAGCUGUUACCAGAGAUGUAAAGAGACCUGCGGCUGUUACUCUACAAAAAAAGGGGGCAGAAGUAGUCAAAGGGGACCUUAAUAACCUAGAGGAUGUCAGCAAUAUUUUAACAGGAGCAUAUGGAGCUUUUGUAGUAACCAAUUUUUGGGAUAAUUUCAGCAAAGAAACCGAAGUUACUCAGGGAAAGAUGGUAGCAGACUUGGCAAAAAAAUUACAAGUGAAACAUGUGGUGUACAGUGGCCUGGAAGAUGUGAAGAAGUUGACUGGAGGAAAACUGGAAGUUUUACACUUUGAUGGAAAAGGAGAAGUGGAAGAAUAUUUCUGGAAAAUAGGGGUUCCCAUGACGAGCGUUCGGAUGGCUUUUUACUUUGAAAAUUUUCUUACUAUGAUGAAACCUAUAAAAGCAGCCGAUGGACAGUCUUACAAUCUUGCAUUGCCUAUGGAAGAUAUACCAAUGGAUGGCAUGUCUGUGGCAGACAUUGGACCAGUAGUUGCAAGCCUCUUUUGUGGACCAGAUCAUUAUAUUGGAAAAGCAAUUGGUCUGAGUGCUGAGCGUCUAACAGCUCAGCAGUAUGCAGAGAAAUUUUCAAAACACUUGGGGAAAACUGUAAAUGUGAAGAAAUCAAUGGAAGAGUAUGAGAAGAAUGCAUUCCCUGGCAUACAAGAGAUGGCCAACAUGUUCCGCUUUUACUGGAUGAAACCAGACAGGGACAUUGAACUAACUCACAAACUUAAUCCAAAUGUGAGAAGCUUUGAUCAGUUCCUAACUGAAAACAAAGAAGCACUUAAAAAUAUUUGAUUCUUUAAAUCAGGGUUCUUCAAACCACAGGUCGGGACCCAUUACUGGGUCGCAAAACCAUGUUUAUUGGGUCGCAAAUUGAGUCUGUGUUGAAGGAGAGUGUAUGUGUGUGGUGUGUGUCUGUUUUGUAUGGGAGUGUUAUAUGAGAGUAUGGGGCCUAUCUAUCAAGUUCCGAAUGGAGCUUGAUGCCCCGUGUUUCUGGCAAGCCUGCAGGCUCGCCAGAAACAGCAGUUAUGAAGCAGCGGUCACAAAGACCGCUGCUCCAUAACCUGUCCGUCUGCUCAGAGCAGGUGGACAGACAUCGCCGGAAAUCAACCCGAUCGAGUACGAUCGGGUUGAUUGACACCUCCCUGCUGGCGGCCCAUUGGCCGCGAGUCUGCAGGGGGCGGCGUUGCACCAGCAGCUCUUGUGAGCUGCUGGUGCAAUGCUUAAUACGGCGAGCGUAUUGCUCGCCGUAUUCAGCGAGGUAUGGCAGACCUGAUCCGCACUGUUGGAUCAGGUCCGCCAGACUUUGAUAAAUUGGGGCCUAUGUGUGGAGUGUGUUGUAUUAGAGUGUGUCUGGUGUGUGUGUGUUGUAUGAGUGUAUGUGGUGUGUGUGUUGUAUGAGAGUGUGUGGUGCGUUUGUGUGUUGUAGGAGAGUGUGUCUGGUGUGUGUGUUGUAUGAGAAUGUGUGUGUUGUAUGGGUGUGUGUGUUGUCUGAGAGAGUGUGGUGUGUGUGUUAUUACCUUUUACAACACAUUCAAGUUUGCCUACAUGCAGGUAUAAAAUAUGCACACAUUUUAGUUACCAAGAAUUGCAGCUAUCUAGUUGUAUAUUACUUUUAUUAUUUUUUGGGGGGAAAACUUUGAAGAACCCUGCUUUAAAUCAUAUUACUGACUCACUGCAUGCAGUCUUAAUUUGUUAUAUAAAUAUUUUGUGCCUUGAUUAAAAAAACAAAAACAAAACACAUUUCUCAAAUAUACAAGAUCAUUUUUUGUUACAAUGUUACUAAAUGGUUCUUCCUAUUUUAUAUCUGUCUUCUUUAAAAUACAAUAAUCUAAGGCUGCAUUCUAAGACACCCAGCAUUGCAACUAAGGAAAAAUGCACAGUUUCAUGAAUUGUAUUUUGUGAUAAACAGAAUGAUAAAAUAUAAAAAAUGUAAACCGCUUUUAAUAAAUCACUGCAAUUUUUUUUUAUUAAA